AUGCCAGUUUUCGAGCGGAUGCGAAGAAAGCUGUCACGGGCCAAGUCCGCACCCGAUGCCCUAGAAGACACGGACGGCGAACAGGUACAGUUGCAGCGGUGGCCAAGCAACGCCUUGUUCUUGACGCCUUCGGACGAGCAGCUUGUUUCUAAGCUUGCUUUCACGCCAGAGACGGCCAUCAUUGAACGAGCACCUCGCCAUUAUGCCCCUUCCUCGAUCGCGACUCGAUCGUCUGAAAGGACAGUAUUCAACAAUGUCGAAUCAGGCUUCCUUUCACUCCCGACAGAAAUGCUGAUGACGCUGCAACCAUACCUGACUCCGAGCAGUGAGGUUGCACUUCGCCAUUCAUGUUCCCGAUUCUUCCAUCUCUACAGGAUGCCGUCCUUUGUCUUGACAGGCUCGGAGCUCUUCGACUUUCUUUGCAUGACUGAACGGGACCAGGAUCCCACUGAACUGGAUAGACUGGUUUGUAGCAAAUGUCAAACGCUGCACAACCGGUCCAGUUUUCCCAGCUCUGAAAUCAAACAAGAGUCCAGGUCUCGAGACUGCCGACAGGUCUGGCUGUGUCCGCACCGUUAUCUCGGUUACCAGAAGACGACCCGCACCAUAAAGGCUGGCGUGGAUUCCCCCUUCCGGGUUGAGACGCUGGAACCUUGUUCGAGGUGUAGAAACUCCAUCCGCAACAGGUCUGUCGCUGAUCGUCCGGAGAAGGGGACAUCCAUGACGGAUCUCGAAAGUCCAAAAGCCGAGUCUCUUUUGAUUUCCAAGAUUGGCAUCCUCGGGGCACCGUCGCCACUAUACAAUACGAGGACAACCGGCGGCAGCGGCAUGUACAAAGAAGUGUUUCAAGUCAAGGAUGUUUCUGCCGCUCUUCAGGCCAUAGACUUUCGUCUUUGUCCGCACCUGAAGCUCGGCGAUCCCUAUAUCCUCAGCAAAUUCUGCAGAGCAUGCAUCAACACUCAGCGCCUGCCUCCCGGCGUGAAGGGCCCACCGUGCAUCAACGAAGCCAAAAGAGACUUCGGAGGAAAGCGCGCGGGCGCGAAGUGUAAAGGCUCCUGUUUUACCCGGGGGUGCAAAACGCAAUUCAUGUUUCAGGCCCGCGAAAGCCUGUCGCCCGAUGCCUCCGGCAGAAGACAAGUCUGGCUGAUCAUUGUUGUUUAUCGCUGGCUUGGUCCGUUGCUGAGUGACGGUCGGGAUUCCACCUGGACCAACCACGCGAUUGACCAUCAAGAAAGAAAAGACAUGCGAACGAAGUGGGCAGAAUGGGAACGGGCAAAUCGAGCUGGACGGCAGUGUAUGCCGAAUUGGGACAUAUGUCUCCUUCACCCGGAAGAUUCGAACUUGCGCUGA